AUGUCCGUUGCCGCUCCCAAGCAUCGUCGUCUGAGUUGUGACCCAAAACCCUCUCACCACCACCGACCUAUAUGCAGCUGCUCACGAUCGUCUCCACCGACUCACCCCGCUGCUUCUGCUCAGUCUUCAACCUUCUUCAUUUUCAAACUGAGCGAAGCUUCCAUCUUCGUUUCGAGGUCGUCGUCCUACCCUUAUGUCGACUGGGCCUCUUCCUUUCGUUUUAGGGCUUUAGGAAGAGGGCAACGCUCAUUGGUGGUGGUGCGGACCAUCGCAGACAAUACUGAAAGAAAGCAAGGAUUUUUGUCAUUGAUGAGGAAACAAAUAAAAGGGCCAUUUGCUUCCAUACGGAAGACUGAAACGUACAAGGAUAUAAUCAAAUCUGGAAGUGUAAGAGGGGAAUUUAGAUUACAGGAGAGGUAUGUGCUUCAUCUGUACAUGAAUAUGAUUAAUAAAAACAACAAUUCGUAUUUAGUCUUUAGAGCUAGGUUUUCUAAUCUAGUUGGAUUACUGAUUAGCCUUCCUGUUGUAAGAUUUGUUCUAACUAUAAGUGAACAGGUUCAAAAACGUAUUACUGGAUUAGUACUGCUUUACAAAAAUUAUAAGGCAAUAUCUACAUUGCGAGUUUAUAUGAAAUGAUUAGAGACUAUGGGCCAGGCGGCUAGAGCUCUUAGAACAUUCUUGUCUCUUCUCAUAUCUCAAAUACACGGAAAUUCAAUUCUUAAUCAAUCCAAUAAGCAAAGAUUCCAAAAGGCAAUGGUUUAGGAGUUUUUUGGGAUGAAGAAGGGCAUAUUGUCACCAAUUACCAUGAAACUCGCCAAUUCGUCAUGUUGAAUAGUACCAUAUUCCUCCUGUUAGGUUGUUACAAAAACAUGAUAUGCUGAAGUUCCUGUUGCAAACUUACCUCAAUAGCAGAUAAACAUGUGAGUUCCUUGGACGGAGGAAGAACAUAUGACGUUUCUACUGGGGUAAAAGGAGCUGAUGCAAGUUGAUUGAUAAAUUGGUCAAAAGAUGAUUUUUUUUUUUGUUUUUUCGCAUCAAUACUACUUGAUCCAUUACCGAAAAUGUGUCUAUUGUUGAUUUGUAGGUAUACGAUUACUAAUACUGAACCGAUUUUUAGAAAAUUGUAUUGAAACAUUGUCCAUAUUUUUAUACUGCUUAUGUUUGUUUUAUAGGGUCUUUGUAUUGGCCAUAACCUAGCCUUAGGCAUUGGUUUAUUUAAUAUUCGAGAGGUA